AUGGCAUCUGUGUGCAACCUGUUCAGUUUUAUGUGUAUGCGAGAGCCACCAAAGAAGAAAAAUGUCCAGCAUCGCAUACAUCCCAACCACCAGGCUUACGAUGCUGUUGUUGUUUGGAAUGGCAAAGAAAACCAGAAAGCCAAAAAGAAUGGCAUCAGUUUUGAUGUGAUCCUGAAGCCAGCUACUGCAGAAACCAUGAAGCCACCCAUACACUUCUCUUCACUUGGUGAGGUGAAGAGACGAGAGCUCUCACAGGAGCAGAUUGAGAACAAGCUGAAGAAAGCAGAACAGCGUAGAAGUUUGAUUGAGCAAGAGAAAAAGGAACAGCUUGCAAAGGAGAGAGAAAAAGUCAUGAAGGUUGUUAAUAAGGCUCAGAAUGUCAAUGAAGAAUUCAGCAAGAAGACUAAGGAGAAACUCCAGAGAGCUAUGGAGAUCAGACGGGAGAACCGAGAGAAUCAGAUCAAGACUUUACAGGGGAGGCUGAGAGAACAUUCACAAAAAGUGCAGGAAGUCCAGAGAGCUGGUGAGGAAAUGGUCAGAUCAUUUGAGGCCAAGUCUGAGAUGAAACUGUCCCAGAAGAUGGAAGUCUAUGAAGAAAAUCGUCAGAGCCAGCUGAAGAGUAUGCUUGCCAAAUUACAAGAGCAUGCCUACCACAUUGAUGAAGUGUGCCAGUCUGGUGAGAACAGAGGAUCCACAACUGAUGACCUCCAGGAGCAGCUUAUUCAGAAGAUGGAGAAUGCUCUGAGGAACAGGGAGGAACAGCUGAGAGCUUUGCAGGAGAGACUGGCAGAGCAU